AGCACAGCAGGCCUCUGCAGCAGCUCCUCCACCUCCGACGGUGUGAUCCUGGACAGCUCCCCACCAGUCCCAGGAACAGUGCAGGAUGGCACAGGCGACGUGGACAUACAGUUCCAGGCGACGAGGACAUUUAUGGGAUGCAAAUGGCGGGGCUUCCACGACCCUGAAUCUGGUUUAGACCACUAUGAAUGGCGUGUAGGAACAACACCAGGAGGUGAUGAGAUUCUCGCAACCAGGAAUGCAGCCCUGGAGGAGGUCAUCUUCCACAUCUUCCCACGUGACCAACAGCUGCCAGUUGGGCAGAUGAUGUACAGUACUGUCCGAGCGUUCAACAAAGGAGGAUUGCAUUCGGAAACGACAUCCAAUGGAAUUACGAUAGACAACAGCGGACCUGUUGUUGUGACCUCACCGACGGCGAGAGACGGGAUUUCUUCUGUUGUUGCCAACACUACAGUCAGUCGGACAGCUCUGAGCCUACACUGGGAGUUCCAAGACGUUGAGUCCUCCAUAGAACUCCAGUACCUCUCCUUAUCAUCUCACCUGUUUGGAGAGAUAGAUAGUUCUAAUCUUAAGGUUCCAGGUUUUAUUCGAGAAUACACAUACACAAAUCUGGACUUGCAUGAUGGAAGUAAAUACAAGGUGAAGGUCACAGCUUGCAACAUGGCGGGCCUCUGUACAUCAGCAGCUACCGGGGAUAUUUUGGUUGACAGCUCUAAACCCAAAACAGGAUCCUUCGCCAUAGAAACGGACCACGCAGUGAAACUUCCACGACAUCAAACUGGAUGGAUGACUUUGAACAGUACACAUCUGAACCUAGCGUGGCUUGGCUUCUCUGACCUACAUUCAGGAAUACAUCAUUAUCUUAUAACCGUGUGGUCUCGAGAAUUCGGAACUGAGUACAAUAAAGGCAGUGGACUAAUGGAGGUCUCCCACGAGGCAGCCGGAGUUGACAAGGGUGACGAGGGAGUUCUCCAGACCUUCAGUGUGCCCACCAAGACUCUGCCACAUAAUGGGACUGUGUUUGUAGCUAUAUGGGCAGUGAAUGGGGUUGGCCUACAGAGUGAUGCCUACCACGCUGAACUGGUCCGGGAGGUAGAUUCUACACUGUGGCUGGUGAGGAGGUGCCAGGCCUACAACUGUGCGGGACACUGUGUCUGUGCUGUGCAGGGCGGUACCUGUUCUGCCAGUAAAGCAUGUACACAAGACAAAACAGGGACCAACACUGUCACAGUCGUCGACACCAUCAACCUCUUGUUUCCAGCAGAAGUUGACAUGUCUCCUUUCAACACUUUCAUGGCUGCCAACUGGUCUGUCAUAACGCCAGGACUACAAGUAACACGCUACGAAUACAGUGUAGGAGUUAGUGAAAUGGAUUUACCGGAUGGAGUGUUCAAGAAAUCUUCCCAAAGAGUAUGGUUUGAUGCAGGUCAACAAACAUCAGCGAUUUUGUCCUUGGACAAAGGUAGCUUUCUGAGACCUGGAAUACAAUACUCCUUCUUCGUGAAAGCUUGGUAUAAUAACAGAAAUUACAGCAUCUUCAAGUCAAAUGGUGUCACUUUCGUUACAUCACCACCCACGGUAACAAGAAAGUCAGGAAGAACUGUGAAGGAAGUCCUAAACAUCAGUGACUCCAAAGACACAGACUUCCAGACACAGAACAACACACUUGUCGUCACGUGGUCUGGACAUUUCCUGCCUGGUAUAAGCAGCAUCCACCGAUACAGGGUCUACAUCAGCACACACACAGGAGGUCACAGUAUCCACGAAUCAGGGGACCUGACCUCCACCAGCUAUACGGGGGCAGGUCUGAGUUUACGUCCAAACACAGUCUACUACUGCAGUGUCCUGGCUUAUAACAAGGCUGGUCUGGUCAGCUGGGCCUACUCUGAUGGAGUACAGGUGGACGUCAUACCCCCAGUGGCAGGCAGAACGAAGGAUGGAGCAGACAUCCACGACCAGGACUACCAGAGUUCUCCAUCUGAAGUAUCUGCCUCCUGGUACGGCUUCUCUGACACAGACUCCGCGAUCGUCAAGUAUUUCUGGUGUGUGGGGACAAUCAACGACACAUCAGAUUGCAGUGUGAUGGACUGGUUGGAUACUGGACUGCACACAUCCUUCAGUAUAUCGCUUCCAACUCCGUUGUCUGCUGGUACCAUAUGGAACAAAGUGUAUGCUGUAGACGCGGUUGGCCAUGCCUCUGACGUAGCUGUAUCUGAUGGAGUUGUCAUCGACACAUCACCCCCUGAACCUAAGGAUGUAGCAUAUCUUGGAAACAAUCUGGUGAUGAACCCAUCUUUUGAGGUAGACAAUUUAACUGGUAGUACCACGCAAUGCAACCUCGUCAUACCAACAUCAUGGGAAACUGACACAGCGUCGUGUAUCAAGGUUCAGGCGCCGGAUUCACCUUUAGCUAAAGAUGGACAUAAGUUUGUGUCCGUAAGUGGAAGCAUCCAACAAACGAUCUCAGGUCUUGAGGUUGGGAGGCAGUACAAGCUGACUCUGCAUGCUGGAUAUCCGGAGACUGUUUCGGACACCCACAGAUCAGUUGAUGCAAUAGUUACAAUAGGAAGUGAAGUCUUCAGCUUUACCCUUGACCCUAACCUCUGUAGAGGCACCUGCAGUGUUGGAGAUCACUCAGUCGUCCUCUGGAACAAACACACAUACAGGUUCACAGCUGUAGAUACCAGUAUAGUGCUGAAGAUAACGUCAUCGUCAAGGAUGAUGGAGUUUGUACUGGACCAUGUAAGUGUCCAGACCGUGGACUAUGUUGCUGGUCCGGACAGUGUGGACACUGAGGAGCAUCUGGUGGUCCACUCUAUGUUCCUGUCUCACUGGUCAUCUCUACAUGCCUCCUGGCACUUUGAGGACCUACAGUCUCCAAUUACACAGUACAAAUGGGCGAUUGGCAGAGUCCCAGGUGGCAGUCAAAUCCAGGAGUACACAGAUGUAGGCAGGAAAGUUCAGGGGGAUAUUUCAGGUCUGAAGCUGACCCACAACUCCAGUCUUUACAUCACUGUCAUGGCCAUGAAUGCUGCUGGACUGACCACUGUUUCCCGUGCACAACCCAUCGUUGUAGAUCUGACUCCGCCAUUAUUCAGUCAUAUCAGUGAUGGGCCAGGCUCAGAUGAAGAUCAUCAAACAUCAAGUGUGGUUAGCGUCAACUGGAAAGUGACGGAUGGAGAGUCUGGUGUCGAUCACUGUGACUGGGCUAUUGGAAGACGCAGACGAAGCGACGACAUCAUGACGUUCCGCGCAGUUGCCUCAGGACAGUCGACAACUAUGAUGGACAUUAGUGAUGCAUUCAACACCUCGUCAAUAACAGUUUACACAACAGUACGAUGUUUCAACAAGGCAGGCUUAGUGGUGGCUGCGACGACGGACGGGGUUGAAAUUGUCAGAGAAAAGAGCAAGAUAUCACUAGAAGAAUUAAGUGUCUUGAGUGGGACCCAGACUGAAUCCAUCUACUCUGACAGAGGGAUGUGUCAUCAGGACCAGAACACAGUCAGGCUCCACUGGAGCCAGGCCGACCGACAGCUGAGGUCCACAGUGGUUGAAAUCGUAGGUGACAGACGUCCCUACCGGAGUGAUAUUCCAAACCACUUGCAGUAUACAUAUGCGACAUUGUCCGAUGUGAACUUGGAGACUGGCUCGUCAUACAACGUCUGUGUAGUUCCUGUAGACAUCUUUGGUACGACUGGAGAGAAAACUACUUCCUACUUUACAGUUCCCAAUGAAUCACCUGAUGUAUCUGAUUCGGGACACAUAUCGUUGAGACAAAGCAACGGAGAGCUGACGGUGUCGUGGAGGAACAUGUUUAUGUCUGCUUGGAAUGACCUCGACUAUGAAGUUCACAUAGGAACAUUGCUUGGAGGAGCUGAUAUUGUGGACAGAAUGUUGACAAAGAAGGAAGAAAUUGUCAUUCAGCUGAACUCGAGACAAGCUGAAUAUAUUUAUGUUAUGAUAAGUGCUAUCGAUGUCUGUGGAGGUAACAUUCAACGCACUCAGAGUUUCAAGGUCAAUCAAGACUAGUUAUUAUAUCAUAUAUUUUUGUUUUUAACAUUUUGUAGCGGCUUGAGAUACGGUAAUAUUCCACAGUUUGAAAUGGUAUUCAUCAUACUGAAUGUAUCUAAUUAUGAUUCACGUGUCUUCAUUGAAAUUCAGUAUUUGCUGUUGCUUUUGAAACGAAUACUCAACAAGGAAGUUUAAUGCAUUAAGUCAUAGUACUCGCAACGAUGUAUGGUAUAGACACAUAUUUUAGAAAAACAGUGUAUAUUUUCGAUGUUUUCAUUUACAGGCAUACAUUAUAAUACCACACAAACAGACAGCAAACAGUACAUUAUGAAUCAGUUGAGUUAAAUAAUACGUAAACAGUAUUAUGAGUAAACAUAAAUCUCACCAGACAACAAGUGUAACGUUGACCUGAAUAAAAUAAAACCACAAGACAAAAAACAGCAUUUGUUCAGUAACAUUUGAUAAUGAAGACAUCUGUUAACAUCAUAAUGCUUAAUAACUUCUUUUUUCAACAAAGUUGAUAUGAGUAGCAUAGUUUCCAAUAGGACAUUUGAAUAUAUAUUGUUUGACUAGGAGGAGGAUUACAUAUAUGUUAUUAUUAUUUUCAUCGUUAAUUCCGAACAAAAUAUUUUCAAACGAAAAAUAUGAACAGUAUGAGGCCAUUUUGUUACUUCAUCCCAUAGUUUCUUUACAUCCUCACAUUUCAAAAAGAGGUGACCAAUAAAAUAACAAAGUGGUGAUUCUUCGUAUUUUACUUUAUAAAGAAAGAUUUUGUUGGUAAAAUGUUGGUUAUAAUCCUAUAUUGUAACCACCUUAGUUCAGUACAUUUAAUACAUUUGCUAAGAAUAGUAUUAUAAACCAUCAAUCCUUUGUCAGUGAAACAUCUGUCUAAAAUACGUUCCCAUUUUGAAUAGCAUGGUAGCCUGGUGAAGAAUGAAUUCAAAAGAGUAUUAUAUAAAUCUUUAUUUCCCGGAGAAAUAUUUAUUGAUUGUUAAUAAAUGAGAAAGAUGGGAAUUUACAGCUGCUAUUACAAAGGCUUUGUUUGUGUUUUUGUUUGUGUGCGUAUGACCUUAUUACUGCUUUGAUUCCUUCAAGAGUUAGAAAAUAAGUUUUUUAUUCUUCGAAUGUUAAUAACCUCACAUCUUCAUGUAUAAUAUCGUUGUCAAAAACUACACCUUUCUUUUACCAGUUUUCAUAAACCAUCGGUUUGUCAUCAAUAGUUAUGUUAGAGUUAUUCCAGUUUGACUUUUGAUUUUGUUUCUGACACUAUACUUGAUUCAUAAUUUGCAAGAAUGACUUCCCAUACCCUGAAAACAUCUUUCCAAAAUCUUUUGGAUUAAUUUGGAAUACACUUUUCUUUAAUGUGCUUUGAAUUACCAGACCAGAUGGAAUAUGGAAACACAGUGUUGUGUAUUUCGCUUGUUUACUCUUCAGAACAUGUUUACUCUUCUUUUUUAUGAUGUAGCCGAGUGUGUGGUUUAAUUUUGGACAGCUAGGGUUCUUACGUUAACUUGGACCUCUUUUCACUAAAGCAAAUCGAGCAAUAUGAGUCUGUGUAUUUAGGUUUUCUUUCAGUCCGUUGACGUGUUAGGAUUAUUGAACCAAUGCCUUCAGGAUAACAUAGCACGUACGGCAGUGCAGCGAGGUGAAGGAUCUUUGAUGACCAAAUGGAAAAUAUAUGAUACACUAGAACAUAUAUUUUUAUUUUUGAGACUAUUUAAGGCUUACGUCUGUUCAUAGGUAUAAGGCUACUUUUUUCUUAAUCUUUUUGAACAUAUUAAACUAUUUAGCUUUU